GCCUUCCAAGUUUUUCGAGGAAUAAGAAAUUUCCUUAUCUGUAAUCAAUAAUGGCAUCUUCAUGUUCAAACCUCUCUUGCUACUUCCCUUCAGCUCCGAAACCAAAACUUCGUUCCUCCACAACCCGCUAUCCAUCUUUCUUGUGCCCCUCCAACACUUUUGGCUGCAAUGGAGUUUCACUUCACAAAGCUGUAUCCAAUUCAAGAAUGCGUGCUAAGUUUGAAAAUUUUGAAGGCCAAGAAAAUCCUGCCGCUGCUGAUGACGACACCAGUCAUAAUUCUUCUUUAGACACACAAGAGCAUUUUAUUCAAGAAGAAGAGAAAAAAGAAGAAGAUGACAGUUGUUUGCCUUCUGAUUUGGAGGGUGCAGUCCGCCAGUCAGGCCAAGCAAGUGCUACAUUUGUGUCUUCAGGAGGAAUGAGAGCUAUAGUUGAGUUCUUAAUCCCACAGCUGCAGUUUCUUGAUGAUGAGGGUGCUCAAGCUGAGCUCUGGGAACUCUCAAGGUUAUUUUUGGAUACACUAAUUGAAGAAACAGGAUGUCAGAAAGUUAAAGCCAUAUUUCCAGAUGCUGGAGCUACGGCACUUCUUAAAUAUCGGUGGAAAGAUGCUGCUUUUGGCUUCUCCAGCUUGGGUGACCGGAAGCCCGUAACAAGAGAUGAUGAAAUUGUUGUAAUGGUAGUACCUGAUUAUCAGAUGUUGGAAUAUGUUGAAAGAAUUGCAUCUGAACUAUCAGAUGAUCCGCCUAGGCCUCUUCUCAUGUGGAAUCCACGUCUUGUAAGUGAGGAUGUCGGUGUUGGGAUCAAUGUUCGGAGAUUAAGGAGGAACUUUUUAAGUACUUUUACGGUGGUUUACUCAAUGCGACCGCUUCCAUUAGGUGCUGUAUUUAGAUGUUACCCAGGGUUAUGGAAGGUGUUUUAUGAUGACAAGGACAGGCCUAAUCGGUAUCUCCUGGCCAAGGAGUUGAUAAGCCGUCCUGAUGCCGAAAAACUUGAGAUCAUCUUUGGAGGAGUGGAAGAGAAGCCAGAGAAAGGCACAUCUUUGUUUGACCAAGCAGCAGGCAUCUUCUCCUCAUUAAACCGAUUCAUGAAAGUCAUUUCAAGAUAGACAUGGUCUUUCACCUUUUCAGGAGCUACUGUUUAGUUAUAUUUGUCUACCCUGUCCUUAAAAUACCUGCAGUCUAGUUAUCCUUAAAUGUCAUUUCAAGAUAGAUCUGGUUUGCCUGUUCAAAUAGCAAUCUAUGAUGGAAAAUAGAUGUUUUUUCUGCUUCA